CGGAACUGCUUGUUUCCGGUUUAUCUUCUACUCUAUUAAUAUGGCAGGAAGUAGCGGUCGGUCCUUACAAAACAUGGACAUGGGGGAUUCUAUGGAUGAGGAGACCAGACGGCUGGUCGACAAACACCAACAGAAUGACCCAGCAGAUGACACUGUCGAGGUGGUGAUUUGGAUGAGGGAUAGAGUUGGGAUCCACGUCACCCUAGAGUGUGGGGGACAUGAGGCCACAGCUGAAGACUUGUUUGAGAUCGUAGUAGAGCAGAGACAGUUGCCACCAGAAUCUGAAAAUAUUUUCUCCAUCUGGCUCGUGUCUCCCCUGCUUGAACUAAGAUUAAAAAAGAGUCACCGACCAUUCCAGUUUGCCCAGUUGUGGGAUGAGUUUUGUGCGUUAUACACAGAUGCCAAACCCGACGAAAUCUCAAGAGAUGAACCUGUUGUGAUGUUCCAGAGGAAUGUAUUUCUGACUCUUGAAGAAGAAAUGGGGAUUACCAAUGAAGUGGUGAUGAACUUGCUGUACCAUGAAGCCAAAUUUAAUGUGAUAGAGGGUCGAUAUGUGUUACAAGCUGAGGAAUACGACCAGUUGGCAGGAAUUCAGGCACUGAUUCAUCUGGAGCGUUAUGAUCCUGAAAAACACACACUUGAACACUACAAAGAAGAGCUUCAUAAGUUCUAUCCAGCACACAUGCGCAAACCAAAGAAUACCAAAUUUUUCAAGUUCAGCAAAAACAAGGAUGAGGAAGAGGAAGCAUUGGAAGUCCGAGUCCAGCGAGCACAUCGACAGAUCAGUGAUGCAUACAAAAACACCGACAUAAAGACAGCACUUGGUGACUUGUACAGGAAAUACUUAGAGGUCUGCUGGCAGUAUGCUUUCUAUGGAAGUGCAUUUUUUGAGGGGAAGGUUCAGAAGCAGAUAGGAAAGAUCAAGGGCCACCUUCCAGGUGUGGACAAAGACAUGGACGUCUUGAUCGCUCUGAACACAGAUGGGAUCUGUAUCAUAGAUCAACUGAGAGAGGAACCAGUGCUGGCUGUGCCAUAUGAAAAUCUUUCCUGGUUUCUGGACACCAAUGAAGAGGACGACAACAGAAUGGCUGUACUUCUACUCCAGUUCCUGGUUGACGCUGAGAAUGGAGAACGAAUCACUAAAGUUCUACAGGUGUUCUCCAGCCAGGCAAAGAUGAUGGAUGCUCUGAUUGAUUCUUGUGUAAAGAGGAAACUCCAACAGAAAGAUCAUGGACACGGCAAGGAUCGAGAAGAGAGUGCCAUGGAUGGAUCUCGGAGGCAAUACAGGAAUGGUAAUGUAGCUGGUAUUGAUGAAUGUAGAAUGGGAGCAUUUUUGGACAAGCCAAAGACAGAUAAACACAAUGAAGGGGGAGUAGGUAACACCCUGCGUUAUGGCCUCAGCAGCAUGCAGGGCUGGAGGGUGGAGAUGGAGGACGCCCACACAGCCAUACUGGGACUGCCCUAUGGACUUAAACAGUGGUCCUUCUUCGCUGUCUUCGAUGGUCAUGCAGGUGCUAAAGUUUCAGCAACAUGCGCAGAGCAGUUACUACAAGAAAUAGUCUCAAACGAUGAUUUUAAAGGAAAGCUGGAGUUGAAAGAAGGCACAGAGAUUCAACCAUCUUUGGAGGAUGUCAACAAAGGAAUAAAAACUGGCUUCCUGCAGCUGGAUGAGAAGAUCCGUGGAAUGCCUGAGAUGGUGAGCGGAGAGGAUAAAAGUGGAUCUACUGCUGUAUGUGCCAUAGUGUCACCUCACCAUAUAUUUUUUGCCAAUUGCGGAGAUUCACGAGCAGUGCUUUCUCGUGACGGCAAAUGUCAUUUCACAACCUGUGAUCAUAAACCAAUCAACCCGGCAGAAAAAGAGCGCAUACAGAAAGCAGGAGGCAGCGUUAUGAUUCAGAGAGUCAACGGUUCCCUGGCAGUAUCAAGAGCUUUAGGAGACUUUGAAUACAAAAAUGUGCAGGGGAUGGGUCCCUGUGAACAGUUGGUGUCUCCCGAGCCUGAGAUUUCAACGGAAUCCAGGAGCGAUAAGGAUGAAUUUCUGGUGCUGGCGUGUGAUGGGAUCUGGGAUGUUAUGAGUAAUGAUGAACUUUGUGAUUUUAUUAGGAGCAGGAUGAGAGUAACAGACAGCUUGGAGCAGAUCUGUAAUAUGGUGGUAGAUACAUGUCUUCAUAAGGGUAGCCGAGAUAAUAUGAGUAUUGUAAUAGUAGCUUUCGAGGGAGCUCCCAGACCAACAGAGGAAGCUGUCAAACAAGAUCAGGAGCUGGAUGCAAAAAUAGAGGCAAAAAUUAAAGAAAUUAUAGCCCAGCCCGAUAUGGCAGAGGCAGAUUUACCCUAUAUAAUGCACAUGCUUAAUGAGGUAAUGGACGGCUUUCCACCUGGAGGAGGCAUCACCUCAAAGAGGAGCACAAUAGAAAGCAUAUUGAAGAGACUGAGACCUAAUUCAUCAGAGGAUGAGGACAGAGGAUAGACACCAGUGUUAAUUUCGACAGGAAGUGGUACCUCCGUCAUAGACCGAGUGAUUUCAUUCAGACCCACAUGUUCUAACAUUUCGUACUUGCUCAAUUACACCUAUUUCCGGAGGUCUUGGUUCAACAUGCUGUAAUGUCAAACUGAAAGUUACUGAUGUAAUGCAUUACGGUUCUCUAUAAUACUGAUAUCUUCAGGUCUCUUUUAAUAGUGGUGAAUUUCUAAGUGAUAAUAUAAUGUUGGAUUUGUUAUAUAAUGUUACAAAUGUUUAUCAUUCAGAAUUCUGAUAAACACCACUGUAAAUUGUUGGUUGCUAUCGGUAUGUUUCUAUUCAGCGGUGAAAUUGUAGUCAUUAAUGUUGAGUGAAAGAGAGAGCCUGAUUUCCCUCAGGCUUAGAAUACCUGCACUAGAGUACAUGUGUUCUAAUGAGAUGUCAUGUUCUUUUCAUAUCGCAUAUGUAUAUAAUAUAUCUGGCUCCUUCAUGCAAAUCACAAAUGAAAAUGUUAAACACAGCAGUGUUGGACAUUGGGUAAUAUGUUUACAUCUUCACAACGAUUCAGGACUAAUUUUUCAAAGCAGAAUAUUGUCUAAUUUUUGCUAUGAUGCAGUACAAUUUACCAAAGUAAACAGGUUUUGCUAUAUUAUUAUUUUUUAUGUUCAGUCAUUCCUAAAUCCUCAGUUCAGCUUUUUUAACAAAAAUGAGCAGAUUCUGUAUGUCUGCUUUUGCAAGAAAUGUUAAUAGUGCUAUAUUUUAGGAUUUUUUGUUGUCGUUUAUGUAAAAAUGAUAUAUAAAAUACUAUAUUGAAUGCAAACUGGAUUAUUGAUAGAUAACCUACCAAUCUUGUUGUUGCGUGUAAACAGUGUACUAGUUUUCUACAGUAGCAAUAUGUGGUGACUUGACAGGAGUUAUUCCCCUUGCUGUUAGCCUGUUUGAACUCGUUAGUUAGUCUGCACACACUGCUUAUUGUUUGUAAGGGUGGACCUUGUGCGAUUGCAUGUCUUAGGGUCCGUCACAAAAUACCGCAGCAUACUGGUCAGAUGAAAAGACAAUCUUUGACCUGUUAUUAUAGUAGUAGGAGCAGUGGUUAAUUCAGUUUAUCAUAAUUUAUCGUAAUUUUCUUCAAUAUUUCUUUUUUUGUAUAGAACAUUUCUUCUGCUCUUAAUAAUUUUGACUUAAUGAUUGUGCAAUUUGUCUAAUUUCUUCUUCUUUGUAGUGAUACUUGAAAAAAAAAUUACUGUUGAUUGCUGAAAGAUUGUAUCUUAUAUAUUUAUCCCCUUCUUCAAAUUAUUAUGAAUUGCUAUUAAAUCUGAAAUAAAUGAGUUAAUUUUUGUUUUGCAUAAUAGUUUGGUACAGAGUCAGGGUUUAUUGGGUUAAAGAUGUAGAAGAGAAAAACAGAUAUAGAAAUGAAAAUCCGGGAGUUUAAAUCGAUAACCUACUGGUACAUUCCGAUAAACAUAAAAUAAAUUUUUACAAGAUAGAAUAUAAAGUUUCAAAUUUAUAAUAUAUAUUAUAUAUAUAUAUAUAUAUAGUAUACUUGCUUGUUGAAGGGAAGAGGUUAUGAUGCAUACCUAUAGGGCAGUUUUUUUUAUUUUGUUGAUGUUUUUCUGUGAGAGUCAUUAAGUGACCUAUAUAGAUUAUGUAAUCUUGUGAGCCUGAUCAGUAGACAGUAUUAGAUUUGGUGUGAGUGUGUAUAAUACAGUGUAUCUGGUAAACUCUGUGCCCUCGUCACAGGUUCUCGUUCUCUCUAGUGACUUGUCUCAGCUCUAGAUAAAAAAAAAAAUAUACCAAUAAAACUGAAAUGUUCC